AUGUGCGGUAUCACAGCAACAGUGAUAAACUUGCAGACGGACGGUGAACCGGUGGCCGAGAUGUCAUCGCCGCGGGAGCAAGAGGCAGCAGAAUACCUCGACAAACACAAAAUUGUUGAGCUAAUGGAUAAUUUAACUAGUAUGCUCUUCUUCUACAGACCAGAUCGUCCAAGAGAAUUUCUAAUCGAGCAACUCGAAAAGCUCAAAGUUUCCAAAGUUCAUCCAGGAAAUCCUCCGUGCCUCUUUAACGACUCCAACUUAGAUGCUCUAUUUGGAAUCCUGGAUCCUUCCCAUCAAGGCUUUAUUACUUACAGUCAAUACAAAGAAGCCCUGAAGACACUCGGCAUUAAGAAUUUCAAUGAGUUCCCAGAAGGAGCCAGUGAUGACAGAAUAUCACAAGAGACAUUCAUAAGAGAGGCGACAGAAGGGCUUGUCGGAAGUGCAGCGACAUUCCACCAAUAGGAGAACUCAACAACUUUGUCCUAAGUAUCUAUAUAAUUGCUUUUAUAUAGGAAAAAGUACAUACUGUAUGUGUGCAUGUAUAUACAAAUAAAUGAUAUAAAAAAGUACCUAAUGCAAAAU